UGAGGCAUAUUGUUCAGCAAAGUUAGCUGUUCGAGGUGUUCUGUCUCGCUGCACGCUAACCUCUGUCUAGCAUACCACUUCACAGCGCUGCAUUCUUUAUUUAUUAUCGAAGCACAUUCACCGUUUCAUCUUCUUGGAAAAUUUCAUACUCUCCUAGUCUUAAAAAAACUGCUGAAGAACAUGGCUUAUCGACCCUCGCAUCACAAUGUACGCGACAAGGACAAGAUCCACGGCAAAUGGGACCAAGAAUUGGUUGAUGACGUUUGUGCGUGGAUCACAGAACACACGGGAGACUCAUUCAAACAUGGCGACAAAGACGAGUUUGCAGCGUCUCUCAAGAAUGGAGUUACACUUUGCAAGCUGGCUAAUCGAAUAMAACCGGGAUCCAUUAAGAAGCCCAACAACAAUCCUGGAAAAAUGAGCUUUAAAAUGAUGGAAAACAUUGGCUGGUUCGUGAAUUUCAUCACAGAAUACGGAGUCCAGCAGGAAUACAUCUUUGUUACAGUGGAUUUGUAUGAGAAGCAGAACGUUUGGGGGGUUGUCCUGGCUUUGAGGGCUCUUAAAGACAAGGCUGCAGAAAAAGGCUUUGAAGGCUGAAGAGAUUGUUUACUCAGUUCAUUAUUAGUCCUACACGUGUUAUCUUAUAGCAACUUUCGCACCAACCAAGGCACCAAGCAAAUUUCCUAACAACAUUUUGAGCUACCCUCCUCCCCAGACAUCACUAAGAGUGACGGGCUUCCUGUAUUUUUUUACGCAACCUCGUUCCCAGGGCUACUCUGCGCGCCCAGAGAUAUCUCUCUCUGCCAUUUUGAAAAAAGCGAGCAGAGUAGCCCUGGGAACGAGGUUGUUUUUUACGGGCCAAGUUGGCCGUUACAAAGGAAGCCCAAAGGAGGAAAAAAGAGUUGCCUGGGGAGGAGAGUAAUUUUCAGCGAAAUUUGCUGUACCAGAUUCAAUUGAAUUUACGCCUUGGUAGUUUACUAUUGAUCAUAAUAACGAAGUUUCGAUUAAUUUUAAUUAAUAUUUAGUAGGAAAGAACAGAAAACGUUGUGAAGUAUUUUGUUUGGUGUCGUUGGUUUGAAUAUGCCGACUGUAAAAGUUUGACUGUAUACGUUUACAAAGCACGAAAUAAAAGUUACAAAAGACCAA